AUGUCAGCCUUGGAGCUGAUAGAGAGUCACAAAGCCAACGCUGAGAUUUUCUACGGGCACGCUGCUUGCAAAGAGAGAUGCAAUAAAAUGCUUGAAGAAUUCUCUCUCCCAAAAGGUCUAAUGCCGCUAGACCAGAUUGAAGAGAUGGGUUUUGAUCGCACCACGGGGUUCAAUUGGAUGAAGCAGAAAGUGAAGAAGCAGCACAAGUUCCUGGCAAUUGGCCAGACGGUGAUCCUCGAUGUGGUUGUCGCCUCGUUCAUCGAGGAGCGCCGGAUGAGGAAGGUCAUGGGGGUCAAAGGCAAGGACAUGUUUAUUACUGUAACCGUAAGUGAUAUUUUCAUGGAAGAUCCUGCUUCUGGGAAGAUCUCGUUCAAGACCUCGGCGGGGAUAGCGCGCUCCUUCCCGGUCUCGGCUUUUGAGCUGGCGGAGAACAAGGAUGAUGUUUUAAUUCACAAGAAUUGA